AUGUCACAAAAUCGGCCUGCUGCCUUCUCGAGCUUGAGAAUGGGAGAGGUAAUCCGCGAAAAGGUCCAAGAUGGCAUUACCGGCGAAACUCGAGAUAUGCAAUAUACACAAUGCAAGAUCGUACGAAAUGGUUCCUUUGGUGUUGUCUUUCAGACCAAGUUGUCACCUUCGGGAGAAGAUGCUGCCAUCAAACGCAAUCGUGAAUUGCAAAUCAUGCGCAUCGUUCGUCAUCCCAACAUUGUCGAAUUAAAGGCUUUCUAUUAUUCAAACGGCGAACGAAAGGAUGAGGUAUAUCUUAAUCUAGUGCAAGAGUUCGUCCCUGAGACGGUUUACCGCGCAUCGAGAUAUUUCAACAAGAUGAAGACAACCAUGCCGAUCAUCGAAGUGAAGCUGUACAUCUAUCAACUCUUCCGCGCUCUCGCCUAUAUCCACUCACAAGGAAUCUGCCAUCGUGAUAUCAAGCCACAAAAUUUACUUCUUGACCCUGGUAGUGGAAUUUUGAAGUUGUGUGAUUUUGGUAGUGCAAAGAUACUCGUAGAGAAUGAGCCAAACGUUUCAUACAUCUGCUCACGCUAUUACCGAGCACCAGAAUUGAUUUUCGGUGCUACCAACUACACAACCAAGAUUGAUGUUUGGUCAACUGGUUGCGUGAUGGCAGAAUUGAUGCUGGGACAACCUCUCUUCCCUGGUGAAUCUGGUAUUGAUCAACUGGUCGAGAUCAUCAAGGUUCUAGGUACACCAACUCGAGACCAAAUUCGUACCAUGAAUCCCAACUACAUGGAGCACAAGUUCCCACAAAUCAAGCCACACCCAUUCAACAAGGUCUUCCGUAAGGCCGACGCUAGUGCCAUCGAACUUAUUUCCAAGCUACUAGAGUACACUCCUACCGAGAGGCUUUCAGCUAUUGAAGCGAUGGUUCACCCGUUCUUUGAUGAAUUACGUGAACCCGAUAAGACAUUCCCAGAUUCUCGUCACCCUGGUAAUUCAGCGAAGAACUUGCCAACCUUGUUCGAUUUCUCCAUUCAUGAAUUAUCCAUUGCACCGGAACACAAUCAACGGCUGGUACCGCAAUAUAUUCGACCAAGUUUGGUAGCAAGGGAUAGCAAACUCGAUAUUGAUAGUCCAAAUUUCAAACCAUUGACGAGAGAUGCGAUGAUGGCAAGAUUAGAUUGA